AUGCAAUCCCGGUUCGGUUCUCGAGACAGAGGCAUCUGGCUUGUAACAGCGGCAACGUUCCAGCGAGCUGUCAGUGAGAUUGAGGGCAUUGAAGCUUCUUUAAGGCACUACAGAAGCUGCAGUAAUGGUGUGCUCGAGAUAAGGACGAGAAAUGAGGAGCUGAAGCUAUUCACUAUGGGAUUAAACAACGAAGGCGAAAUGCUGGAUACUGUUGAGAAAUAUGUGUCUGGAUUGGAAAGCCUAAAUUUGACAGCCGACAUGUGGGAAGAUGAUAGAACGGCCGGCGCGGAUCAGUCGGGCUCAAUUUAUUAA